GAUUUUUAAGAAAAUGUCUGACAAAGAAACAACCCCAAGCACAGAGGUUCAAGAACCCAAGGAAGAGACCCCAGCCCCUGAAAUCUCUCAAGAAGAAGAGAAAGCUGAAACCCCAGCUGAUUUAGAGGAAGAGAAGAAGGAAUUUGAAGGAGAUGACGAAGCUGAGACUGAAGAUUUGACAGAUGAACAACUGAUGGAAGAAGCUAAGAAAUCAAAAGCAGAUGGAAACACACAGUUCAAAGAUGGAAAUCUCAUGGAAGCCCUUAAGAAGUACAGAGAGGCUGUGAUGAGUCUUGAUGAGCUCGAGGAUGACUCCACUGAUGAAGCAAAAGAUCUAAGGAAAACCUUUAAUCUUAAUAUCGCUACUGUUUUGAAGAAAAUGGAAAAAUGGAGCGAAGUUAUCAAAUCUACCACUGCUGCUCUUGAGAUUGAUGAGCAUAACGUCAAAGCUCUCUUCUUCAGAGCUAUUGCUAGCAGAAACAUCAAAGAUUUUGAUACUGCAGUCAAUGAUAUCAAGACCGCCAUUAAGGCUAGUCCAAAAGAUAAAGCCCUCAGGAAGGAAUAUGAAAUAAUCAAGAAGGAGAAGAAAGAGUAUAUCUCAUCCCAAAAGGGACUCUUCUCUCAAGCUUUCUCUAGUGGACUAUAUGCUGAAAAGGAAGAUCCAGUCAGGAAGGAAGGAUUCUCAGAAGUUCCAGCAUACAAUCCAGAAAAUCCUAAAGUCUUUUUCGAUGUGAAGAUUGGAGAGAGUGAACCUCAAAAAGUCAUAUUCGAAUUAUUCGCAGAUAAGACACCAAAGACAGCUGAAAACUUCAGAGCCAUUACUGCUGGGCACGAACUCGAAGAUGGCACAAAACUUCACUACAAGAGCAACAAAUUCCACAGAAUUAUCCCUAAUUUCAUGGCUCAGGGAGGAGACAUCACCAUGGGAAAUGGAACAGGAGGAAGAAGUAUCUAUUCAGAGAAGUUCGAUGAUGAGCAAAUCUGGAUUCCACAUUCUGAAAAAGGACUUCUUUCCAUGGCAAAUGCUGGGCCAAACACGAAUGGAUCUCAGUUCUUCAUCACAUUCGUAGAGACUCCACACCUUGAUGGCAAACACACCGUAUUUGGAAGAGUCAUUAAAGGAUGGGAGACAGUUAAAGCUAUGGAAGGAGUUAAGACCGGUGCAAAUGAUGUCCCAGAAGACCCAGUAGAAAUUGUUGAUUGCGGAGAAUACGCUGAAGCUUUAGAAGAGGCAGAUCUAGAUCUCACUAAGGAAUAA